GGUACACGCAAACGCGGCUGCAAACGGCGGCCCCCUGCGGGAGACGUCAUGCUGUUGCCACGGCCGCUUUCUCUGGCCCGUUCCCGAGGUCUCAGCGACUGUACCAUUUGGAUGGAAGCCGAGAACCCGAUGCAUACGUUAUGCAAGCACGUCUACUGCGCUGGUUGUUUCGAGGAUCGGUACUUUUUAGAAGGGCGAAUGGAUGCAAGUGAUGGCAAACGAGCACUGCAGCUGACGCAAAUCAGGGCAGACUCGACUAAUAAUUUGGGGGAUGUAGGUCUGAGUCCGUUCUUGAGGGGGAGUGGGAUAAAGAGUUCAGUCGGGAUAUAGAACUACUGUAAG